AUGUCGCUCAAGUUCUACAAGACGCCCAGCGCCGGACGACCAUGGCGUCCGCCCGUGAUGGACGAGGAUUGCCGGCGCUAUCGCCGCCGGACAAAGCAAACCGACAAGUGGAUUCCGCCCCGGCUUGCAUUUGAAGAGGUUGUCAGGAACAAGACGGCAUCACCAUGCUCGUUAAACGACUUCAUGGACUACCUGGUCUAUGUCGAGCAGGACGCCGAGCCUCUCCAGUUCUUCCUGUGGUACUGCAGUUACGUCCACGAGUGGACGACGGCCCUCACGCCCGAGCAGCGCGCCCUUGCGCCACGCUGGGACGCGGACCGCGGCAGGAAGCUUAGCUCUCGGGAGAGACGAGCCAAGAACAAAAGCAAAGUGAGCAACAUCCUCGCGAUGCUCGACGACGAGAGCGAACACCAAGCCAAAACCGCGGGCGGCCGCGGCCACAAGCGCGGUGCAUCCUCGGCGGCCAACGUUCUACAACCCAGGAUGUCCGUCAUCGAGGAGGAAGAAAAGGAGGGGGAGGAGAAGGAGGAGGGCAAAGAGGCCGCAGAGACGCAAGCACCGCAGCCCUUCCGUGACGACAUCACCGCCAUAACGAACCACUACAUCGUCCCCAACGCCCCGCGCCGCCUGAAUCUUACAAAGGACGACCGCAACGCCGUCCUCGCCGCGACGUCCACCACUACGCACCCCUCGGCGCUCCUGCUCGCCUUCGAGAGGGUCGAGGCCCUCCUCCGCGGCAAGCUGCACCCAGACUUCAUCCGCUACAGCAUAGCCAAUGCCAACCGCGUGGCGACGCGCCUCCUCGUCCUCCUCGGCAUCUUCCUGCUGGUUCUCAGCCUGGUCCUCGACGUCAUCCUGAUCCUCUCCCGCGCAUCGCAGUACUACCGCCUCCUCCCCACACCCGUUCUCUUCGUCGGUCUCAUGAUCCUCAUCGCCGCCCUCGACGGCGUCUCCCUGUCCCUCCACCUCUCGCACAGCCGCCACGUGCGGCCCUGGGAGGUGCCCGACCUCGAGGCCGGCACGGGCGCCGACAAGCGCCACCGCCGCACCGCGACGCCCGAGAGCGUCGCCGGCGCCGUCGACCCGCUCCGCAAACCGAGCCUGCAGACGCUGGGGCCCGAGAACGUCUUCUCCGAAGAGGGGUGGGUCGCCGCGUACGAGCGGCGGCCGCUCUGGCGGCGGGUCUUUGAGCGGACCAGCGCGAGCCAGAACCGGCACCUGAGGAUUCUGCAGGACGGCGUCGUGGCGGGCGCGGUGCUGUGGGCUGCGCUGGCGACAGUGGGUCUCGGUGCCGGGUCGAUCUUCAUACCCUCGUACAACAUGUUUUAG